AUGCCGCGCAAGAGGAAAGGUCCCAAACGGGAGCAAAGCGAAGGCGACCACACUCCGGCACCACCGCCGCAAUCCACCGCCGCAGCUACUUCAACAGCCAACACGGCAUCUACGCACCAAUCCACCAUGGACCGCCAACAAACCGCCGAGCUCGCCGUCAAUACCGCUCACAAGCGCGCACGCUACCUUACGGAAGCCGAAGAGGAUCGUCUAGGAAAGCUCGUGCAUCUCGAGCGCUGGAUCGAAAGCGUCGGCUACGGCAGAGGCGCGGCCUUCUGUGUCUGCGGCCACCUCGUCAAGGCAGACCCUCCAACCGGCUCCACUUCUGCCAACACCUUCUCCAUCGAGCUCAGCUGCAUUCAGCCUAACGAUCCCUCCUCUCGCUCGCUCCUCCACGUCACCUUCCACGACGAGCUAGCGACCAAGGUAUCCGAGCCUCUCCUCCUCCUACAUCGCCUCGGUCCUCCAGCUGUCGUCUACCUCUCUGGCUUUGCAGCAGACCUUUCAUACGCAUCAGAAGCACCGCAUCGAGUCUCCUUUGCUAACCAGAAAGCCGUCCUCAAGAUGUCUCCUCAGCCUCCCUCGUCUGACCCGACUGCCCCUACCUCGGCUAUCUGGAUCGAGCAUCUCGCCACUCCUCCAACAGCCUCCGUCAACAACACAUCCUCAGCAACAGCAUUACCAGCCGUGAUCAAUCCACAUGCUCAACAGCCCUCUCCGCUUCCGCAGCAAGGUUCAGCCACGCAUCCCCAGCCUUCGCCUCCGAGCCAGCUCAGCGAUUGGUUCUCGACCCCUGCUCCCACCACCAACGCCGGCGCUCACCCCAACGCAGUCGCAACCGCCAGCGCAGCCACACUCGUCUCCUUACCGCCGCCACCACCCCAGCCAAUGCAGCCGUCCAAAGCUUUCGCGUCGGCUCCAGCGAUCAAAUGCGAAGCACAGCCAGCAGCCUCGACCUCACGCGCUACAUCACGCCAAGCCUCGACCGCCCCACCACAGCAGCAACGUCGCAACGCGCCCAAUGUCAAGCCACGCCGGAUGGGCAACUGCCUCUACACGCCCAUGUCCAUGGUCCGCGACGGCGAGCGAGCUAGCAUCAUUGGCGUCGUCAUGUCAGCAGGCGAUCCUCGCCGCUCUACCAGUGGUACACGCGAUCUUAGCAUCAAGAUCACCAUCGCCGAUGCUUCCUGCAUCUCCGGCACCGGCUACGCAAAGGAGCUGGCACGAUCCAUGACCGUCAUGCUCUUUGCACAGCAGGCAGAACGCAUCCCGCACAACAUUGCGCCAGGUCACAUCAUUGCCGUCCGCAGCGUCCAGAUACAGAUGUUCUCCAACAAGCCCCAAGCCGUCGGCAAGUCGGCUGCCCAGUGGAGCUGGGCCACCUACGAUCCCGUUUCCGGCGACGUUCGUGCUUCGUCCAACUUUCCCCUCGCAUCUCACACUCCUCCCGAGUGCAGCGCAGACGAGAUGGAGCAUUUCCGCGACAUGGCCAAUUGGUUUUCCGAGCUCCAAGGCGUCGACGCCAACAUUGUCACCAGAUCCUCUCGCCCUACCCUCAAGCUCCGAGACGUCGGCGAGAAUACCUUCUUCGAUACCGUCGUCGAGGUUCUCAAAGUCUACACUCACACGCUUGCGCCUGAUCUCUACGUCACCGACUAUACGAAUCACUCGCUCUUCUUUCGCGGCAACGACAAGUAUCUGCGCGUCGAAAGCACCAUCCCUUACCCGGACGACACCGAUGGCUGGGGCCACGUCUUCCAGAUCAGCUUGUGGGAUAGUCAUGCCACCAUCGCCGAAGGCCUGCAGACCGGAGACAUUAUUCGCAUUCAGAAUGUACGUCCCAAACUCAACCCUCGUGGACUGCUCACCGGCGGUCUGGGCAGCAGCACCGACAGCGGCAUCAAGAUCCGCACGCUCAAGCCCACCGACGAAGCACGUAUCGAUCUCGAACAGCGACGUGCACGAUUCAUGGAGACGCUCAUGACCGCAGAGGAGGAGGCGUUUGCCGACCGGGCUGAGCGCGAAUACAGCCAAUCUUCGCAGCCAGCGCACGUGAAUGGGCGACAAGCGCAGCACGACGAGCAGGGAACAGACGAGGUACACGAAGGGGUCGCUGGCCCUUCACCGCCUGUACCCAUUCCAACUUUAGCAGCACAGAGCGGCGCGGCCUCGCUGGCCGAAACUGGCAUCGCGAACGACCCAGCUGCAGGGCCGAACGCAUCAGCAGCACCUUUCGAGUCUGCGUCGACAGCAACGAACCCCGUCGGCCCUGCAGCGCGAGUCGGAGUAGCCGCCGCCACGGAAGCAAGCCCCGUGUCGUCGACGCAGCCACCGUUCCCCACUCCUGCUCAGCGUCAAAUCCGUGCUGUGCAGCAAGCGACGCCGUCCAGAUCGAUAGACAGAGCAACCUCGACACCGCUCGGCGCAAGCGUCAACGGCAACGGCAAUCGUCCACAGGACGAGCUCUCGCUCAUCGAGACUCCCGAUCUCAAGCCGGGUCUCCUCAUGGGACCGCCCGGUGCUGCAACUCUAGAAGAGCGUCGACCGCUUCUCCGAUGCAACGCACCCGCAUCCAUCCCGCUAACCGCGCUCGCCUCACUUCCCACCACCUCCCUCUGUCCCGGCAUGUUCAAAGUGAAGGCGCGCAUCAUCUCCACCAAUCCCGCCAAAGUGGAGCAGUGGGGUCGCGUCGAGUGCAACGCCUGCAAACGCGUUCUGCCCUUGGACCAACGCUUCUGCGUCAAGUGUGGAGACGAGGAGGGCGAGUCGCUGUCGCACUGCUUCCGCUUCGCGCUUAUGCUCGAAGAGGUGGACUCCGAGUUGGUCGCUCGCAAGCAGCAGCAGCAGGGUGACAGUGGCGAGGCGGGUGUGAAGAGGACAGCGAUACCCAUGCUGUUCCACGGACGAUCUGCCGAGGUGUUGCUGCCGUGUGUCGAUCCAAAGGCGCUGUACAACGGCGAACGGUCGAGCAUCAAGACGCUGAGACGCUUUCACAACCGUCUGCUCAGGCCGGUCGAUUAUGGGUUGGAGGCGGAACAGGUGCUUGCCGUGUACAGCUAUCCGUCCAACGAGGCGGGUAGGACGGUGCGCAGGUUUGCGGCUCUCAAGGAGUUGAACUGUUUGCACAGUCCGCGCGAUCUUUUGUAG